AUGAGCGAGAAGUUAGGCACCUUAACCAAACGUUUGGUUCAUCCCACAGCGCCAGUUCUGCUUACCAAAAAUGGCCCACUUGAAGCUCGCUUUCAUUCUUUCGCCCCUAUACUCAAGUCUAUCGAUCGAUUUGCACGUCAGAACCGAUACGGACUUUCACCAGAGUUUCCUCUGGCUUCGUCCUGCUCAAGUAUAGUUCACCAUCUUUCGGGUCGCAACCUAUACGCUCUUCCUCUGCCCUAUUGCAUGCAAUAUAGACAGGGCCAUUGUGCUUUGUUCAAAAGAACAAGUCCAAUGUAA